AUGGGGCUUCCUUCGCGGGUGGCGCUGGGGUGGCGCGGGGCUCCAUGCACUUUGAGCCGCCGUCAUGCGUGCCGUGCAUUCCACACUGUGGGCGGAGGGGGGAUGGCCCCGACAGGUGCGGGUUUUUGCCAGCACACGUACAGCCGCCCCUCAGAUAGCGCCAGGAACGCGGCCGCACAGAGGCACGCUGCAUUCCAGCACUUUAUCCGUCUUCGGAGCUCGGAGUACACCGGCACACGUCUGCCGCCCACGUGCGAUCCAGCUGCCGCAGCCCGCGACGGCGAGGCGCUGGGCGGCUGUGAGGCGCCCAUGAAACACGCACUGGAGGCGAUUGACGUGCGCCCGGCCACUGGCAGUGGGGCGGGUUGUGCGGACGCCGACGCCACCGUGAGGGAUGAGCGGGAAAACGAGAAGGAUUUGGGGAAACACUCGCGGCCCGUUCCUUCCGCCUCCGUUUCUUCUGAAUCUCGUGGACAACGCGAUCUUCGUCGGCUGCAUCGUCUCGCAGCUAGAACUGCCAGCGAGACACGCCAGGCGCAGUUCCGGGUGGAGUACGAGCGAGCGGUGCACAUCCUACGCGACAUUCGUGUGGCCGUGGAGGCGAUUGUGCCGCCGUGCCGUGGCCGCCAUGGGAAUGACUUGCGAGGGCUGCGAAAAGACUGGCUGGAUUCCAGUGAGGCAGUACGAUUUGAACGACUGCACCAACUUCGCGAUACGACAAGCCGACUUUCGACAGCUCACUUUUUGCCUCUGCCUGUGGCCACCAUUCUGCAGUUUCUUGAACUUAUCGGGGGUAUUGUUGCUCUUCUGCAGGAGCCACACACUACUGCCCACGGUUACGUCGUGCGGCAGGCGGUGCGGGCACUCUUCCUUGACGCCGACGCCACACCAAAGGUAAGUCGUGGUGGCGCCGCUGCAAAGGCAAUGCAUGCACGACCGCGGCUUGUAUCGGGCCUUCAUUACUACAAACUUCUGCGGUCUGUGCUCUCGCUACCCGGCACGGAGUCCAUUGAGGUGUCUGACACCACUGGACGAGGGAUGCUCGUGGAGGAGCUCUGUGUGCGGCGGUUAGGCGACGGCGUAAACGUCUCUGCGGACACAAGCUCCAAGCCGUUCCUGCACGAGAUUGGACCCAUGCGUGCGGUGCGUGUGGUAGCAUGGUGUCUGCGUCAGGCGGCGUUCUCGCCUGCUGUGUUACACCAGACGAAAAGGCGCUCCUCCCUGCCACCGCGUGGAGAGCUGCGAAUUCCGUUUGGUGUGGGAAAGGAGUACACUCAACGUGUAUUGGCCUUCUUUGCGGGGGAAGACUCUCGUGGAGACGCCGUGAGUAGUCAGGGCGAGGGCGAGGGCGCGGCGAAGCAGAGAAGCCUGUUUGGUGCAGCGGAGUUGGCGUUGCUGUGCAGCGCCAUUGUCUUUUACGAGAUUCGGACGAUGGAGGCUGUGAAGGUUCUCGUAGAGGCCGCGCCGGUGUGCGCGGCGGAGGUGGAUGCGUUGUCGGGUCACCAGCUGAGCUGUGUCAUGCUGGCCUACGCGACACUGCAGUACCACGGCGACCUCGCACAACACCCCCCGACACCGCUUCACGCCACGCUUUUGUCGAAGAGCACGAAGCAGACAAACUUUUACUUGCUGCUGGGGGAGCGUGCGGGGGAGCUGGGCGAGGAGUUGCACGAGGACGACGCUGCCCGCGUGCUGCGUGCGCUGGCGAUGGUUGGUGUGGAGCACGAGGGGCUCCGUCGCUCGCUGGAGUCCAGCAUGCGUAUGAAGGGGUUGCGCCGUAGAGUUUUGCUCUCAUGA